AUGCCUCGAUUUGUGAUUCAACGGUCGCUCUACGAGGUUCGGGAACGUCCAUCCAAAUCAUAUUCAUGGGUAGCCUUCUUGGUUGCCAAUAUCACAGUGGAGCUACCUUAUCAGGUCGUGCUUGCAAUCCUGAUGUGGAUAUCAUGGUAUUUCGCCGUUUUUGGGAAGAACCAAGACAAUGAGACUCGAGGACUCAUGCUACUUCUGGUCAUCCAAUUCAUGCUCUUCGUGAGCACGUUUGCCCACAUGAUCAUUGCCGCAAUGCCGGAUGCGGAGACAGCUGGCAACAUAGCCACCCUCCUGUUCAGUAUGAUGUUGACUUUCAACGGUGUUUUACAAAGUCCCACAGCCUUGCCCGGUUUCUGGAUAUUCAUGUAUCGCGUCUCACCAAUGACGUACAUGGUUUCCGCAUGGGCUGGCACCGGGCUGCGCGGCCGCCUCGUCGAAUGCGCUCAAAACGAAUUAGCUAUUUUCGACCCCCCUUCUGGACAGACUUGCCAGGACUAUCUGGCAGAUUACCUCAACGCGGGCGCCCCUGGCCAGCUAUAUAAUCCCACUGCGACAUCGGGCUGCGAAUACUGCCCCCUCACUUCGGCUGACCAGUUCCUAGCGGGUACCAAUAUCUACGCAAGUGAGCGUUGGAGGAAUUUUGGCAUUGGUUUUGCCUACAUCGGUUUCAACAUCUUUGCUUGCAUUGCUCUUUACUAUCUUUUCAGGGUCCGGCAAGUCAGUAUCAGUAGUCUAGCAAAGGGGCCGGCACGGAUUGCAGACCUAAUCUUCAACCAGGGAUUCAGGCGGAUUUUUGCUCGGCAUUCGGAGCCUACACCGGCAGGGAAAGAGUCAGAGAGCCACAAGGCUUUCUAA